AUGACCGCAAUUCUUCAAUCGCCUUUUGGCACUUUCCAGGGAAAGCAGAGCGAUGGCAUAACGCAGUAUCUUGGUAUUAAAUAUGCCAGCGUCAAGGACCAAUUGUCUCCGCCAGAGCUGACUGAUAUCUCUGGAUCAGGCCUCGCGCACCAGCAAUAG